UUUAUCUAUCUAUCUAUCAAUCCAUCGGCUGCGUCUGCCUGGCUUCAUCAGUACAUAUCUCUCUUUGUCAGAAGAAAUAAUGCUACCCUACAAGAGUUUGCAAGAAGCAGAGGCAACUUUAGGGAGAGAGCUAACGGUUGCUCAGAAACUAUGGUUGAACUACUCAGCUAAUAAACCUGAUUAUAUUCUUCAUUAUCACAACAUCAUGUUUUUGAUCAUCUUUUACUCUAUCAUUCCUCUUCCCUACGUCUUCAUUGAGCUAAGUUGCUCCAAGAAAAUGGACAGAUACAAGAUUCAAUCCAAAAUCAAGAAAUCAUUCUGGGACAUGUUCAACUGUUACACAGAUGUCAUGCAGAUUUUUCUUCUUGUUGUUGGCCCUCUGCAACUCUUUUCUUACCCUACCAUUAAGUGGAUUGGCAUUCGAACUGAUUUGGCAUUGCCUACAGUGUGGGAAAUGUUUUGGCAACUACUGGUGUAUGCGCUGAUAGAGGACUACUUUAAUUAUUGGAUUCAUAGGUGGCUCCAUUCUAAAUGGGGCUACCAGAAAAUCCACCAUGUCCACCAUGAAUACGCUGCUCCAAUAGGAUUGGCAGCACCAUAUGCACACUGGGCUGAGAUUUUAAUCCUUGGAAUUCCUUCAUUUCUUGGUCCUGCAUUAGUUCCUGGACACAUAAUCACCUACUGGCUGUGGUUCAUUUUGAGACAAAUGGAAGCUAUUGAGACACAUAGCGGAUAUGAGAUCCCAUGGAGUCCAACAAAAUAUAUUCCAUUCUAUGGAGGUGCAGAAUACCACGACUAUCAUCAUUAUGCGGGUGGCCAAAGCCAAAGUAAUUUUGCAUCAAUUUUCACAUACUGCGAUUACAUUUAUGGAACUGAUAAGGGUUAUCGAUGCCACAAAUCCAUCCUCAAAAAGGUAUCAAUCGGAAACAUUUCGAUGCUUAUCUUAUUAGGUUUUGAAGUUAUUGUAAGGCAGCUAAGCUAUAUUCAUGGUUUUUCAAUUAUGGAUUAGGCAAAUUCCUCCAAGGGAGAAUGAGAAGCACAUAAAAUUACACAGCAAAAGCAAUUUCACUUGUUCUUAGGCCAUGUCUUGUUUAGGUAUGUUCUGUAAUUUUCUUAAAAAAAAAAAAAGUAAAUAGACUUGAGGGGAUUGAGGGCUUCUGAUUUU